CUGUCGCUUGGGUGGUCCUAGCAGCAGGAUGGGAUAAAGGCAGGACUGAGCCAGCCUGGGCUACAGAAAAAGGGCGGAGCCUCCAAGCAGUCUCUUGGCAACCGGAUCUGGCCGCCGAACCGCCGCAGCUUGUGGAGCGAUGUCCUCUGGGAAUUGUAGUACAGUUGGAGGCCUUUUAGGAGUCCCGUGACUUCAGGCCCGCAGCCUAGGGACUACAACUCCCGACGUCCACCGCGAGGGCCACUGGGUGGGAAGGGCCCCCUGCGAGCUCCGUCCGGGGUUCCAUGCUCCCCAAUGACAGCAGCGGCAGGAAGCAGGCGGGCACUUUUCCGGCGCCAAGGUCUCCUGUUCCCCGAGGGGCGACACUGGACACUUCCCCACGUGACUCCCAUCUGUGGGCCCCGGGUCUGUGCAUGGCGAAGUCCCCGGAGAACUCUACCCUGGAGGAGAUUCUGGGGCAGUAUCAACGGAGUCUCCGGGAGCGUGCGAACAGAAGCAUUCACCAGCUGCAGUGUGCCCUGAGGGAAGGUGAUGUCGCCGUUGGGGAAGAGGCGCCGGGUCCCACAUGUAAUAGUGGUGUAGAAAAUGAGGACCCUGGGAUGGCCUGGCACGAACUGCAACACAGCCAUGCCGUCAAUCAGCUCAAAGCUUUGUUGCACCAGCAGGCAACUAAGGAAAGUGAGGUGUCUCCAUCAAGAAGACGAAAUGUUUCCCCUCUGAGGUCAUCAGAGUAUGAGGAAGCCAAUAUGCCUACUGUUUACAAUCUUGUUCCUAUCAUCAAUGACCAGUCUCAGUACAUUCAUCAUUUAGAGGCAGAAGUCAAGUUCUGCAAGGAGGAACUCACUGGAAUGAAAAAUAGGGUACAAGUAGUCGUGCUUGAAAAUGAAAGGCUCCAACAAGAGCUGAAAUCUCAGAGACAAGAGGAAGCAAUGAGGGAACAAACACUUCUGGAUGCAUCUGGAAUCCUACAGAAUUCUUGGAUGCCAACAGGUGAAGACUCUGGGGCAGAUGAAACUGCCAAGAGGCGAUUCUCCCAGGGCAAUGCAGAUGCCGUCAAAGGUCCAUCUGCUGGUGAGGCUGAGAAAUGGAAGCUAGAACUGGAGAGGCUAAAACUUACUUAUGAAGAAAAGGGUGAGAUCCUGGAAUCUCAACUGAAGUUUUUGAGGAAAGACCUAGCUGAAUAUCAGAAAAAUUGUGAGGAUCUUAAAGAGCGGCUAAAGCUUAAAGAGUCUCUUCUCGCUAAUAUGUCUAACCGUGUUGGUGGCCUUUGUUUGAAAUGUGCUCAGCACGAAGCUGUUCUCUCCCAGACCCAUAACAACGUUCACAUGCAGACCAUUGAAAGACUGACUAAGGAAAGGGAUGACUUGAUGUCUGCGCUGGUCUCUGUCAGGAGCAGCUUGACAGAAGUGCAGCAAAGAGAAGCCAGUGCUUACGAGCAGGUGAAGCAGGCCGUGCAAGUGACCGAGGAGGCCAACUUCGAGAAAACCAAGGCUUUAAUCCAGUGUAAGCAGUUGAAGAAUGAGCUGGAGAGGCAGGCAGAGCGACUUGAAAAAGAACUCGCGUCUCAGCAAGAGAAAAGGGCCUUUGAGAAAGAGAGGAUGAGAACGGAAGUAACAAAAGAAAGGGAGGACAUGGAGUCAAAGAUGUUUUCCCUAUCUCAAAAUAUUGCCCAACUGGAGGCCCAGGUUGAAAAGGUUACAAGAGAGAAGAUUUCAGCUAUUAAUCAACUCGAGGAAGUUCAAAACCAGCUUGCUUCCAAGGAAAUGGAUGUCACAAAGGUGUGUGGGGAAAUGCGCUAUCAGUUGAAUAAAACCAAAAUGGAGAAGGAUGAGGCAGAGAAGGAACACAGACAGUACAGAACAAAAACUAAAAGGGAUCUUGAAAUUAAAGAUCAGGAAAUAGAGAAAUUGCGAUCAGAAGUGAGUGAAAGCAAGCAGCACUUGGAACGGGAGCAGCAGAAGGCAGCCCGGGCCAGAGAGGAGUGCUUGACACUGACAGAGCUGCUGAGCAAAUCCGAGCACCAACUGCACCUCACCAGUGAAAGAGAAAACGAGAAGAAAGGAAAAGGAAAAAAAGCAAGCAAGAAAAGAAAUCCUUUAUACACGUGUGAUAUCUGGAAAAAUCCCAAGAGAUAAAACACUUUUAUGAGAAGAAAUUCCCUAAUACUAUAGAGUAAUACCGGUCCUUUUAGUGCUCAUUCAGGUAUUGUCUUGUAGAACCGAGGGCGGAAUGUGAAUGUACUUCCUAUGGAUUAUUUAAUCUCAGAAGUUUUGAAAUGUAGCUUCGUCAUGAUAGUUAAUAGUUUUUCUUCGUCAGACUUCUGUUGGGAAACAACCAUGUGUGCGCUAAGCGCGACUAAACCACAGAACUAGGACAGCUCCAAAGUCUCAGCGUGCCUGAGCCUCAGUAAGUAAAUAUUAAUGCUGGUUUUGUCCCCUUCGCCAUUCUGUCUUAUUCAGAGAGUGAAUUUCUGAAGUCAGAGCCCUGCAGGGAGUGUUCCGGUGCAGAUUCAGUUUGUACUGUCUGGCAAGACCAGUUUCUUGCAAAUAGGGCAUAUUUAAGGUACAGCAACUGCUGAAAAGGGACUAGUGGUAACUAAUUCCUUUGUUCUUAAGAAAAACGGUUUUGCUUGGUUCCAUAGAAAGCUUUUUCUGUUGAGCUUUAUUUACAGUAAGUCUACAAAAAUUGAAAACUAGUUUUCCAGAAAAUAAAACUUAAUUACCCAUUUUCAAAGUGCAGUACUCUUUUGUAAGCAUUUUACAUUUCGUUAGACUGUGUUCGUGUUUUAUAAAAUCCACAUUCAUAAAUUUCAAGAUGACAAUUAAAAAUGCAGAGAACAGUGUGUAGCUCUCUUUUGCACUGAAAAUGUGUUUUGGUUGUUGGACUAAAUAUUUCUGAUAUACUUUUUUGGGGUUUUUUUUUAGAGUUUGCUUUUCCUCGACAGUCUUUAUUGAUUCAGUAUACUCAAGUGUGUGGCUGAGAAACAUUAUGUCUUUCUUUCCCCAUGUAGACCAGCUGAAAUAAAUCAAUCCCACACAGGUAGCUUAGUGUUAACAUAAACAUUUCAAAUGGCAUAGUCUGUACAAAGUUUAAAAUCAAAUAUGAAAAACCAUGUUAUAAGUAAUGAUGAAAUAGGGAUGCAGAUUUCCCAGGGCAAAGAAAAUUGAAAAACUGGAAUAUUGAUCUGUAGAGCAGUCUGAAAGAAAAAUAAGCUAUCACUUGUCUGUUAUUUCCCUUUAUUGUCUAGUUAGACUUAAAAAUGGAAAAUAAGGGGUGCCUGGUUGGCUCAGUCAGUGAAGCAUGUGAUUCUUGAUCUCGGGGUUGUAAGUUCGAGCCCCACGUGUGGGCACUGGGAUUACUUGAAAAAAUGGAAAAUAGAAAUUCAACAUUUAUUGGAAGACCCAGUAUAACAUUCACCCAUUCAACAAAUAUUUAUUGAGCACCUACUAUCUUUCACGUACAUCUCUUGGUCUUGGGUAGGGAGAAAAAAAUCAGAUUCCAUUCUUCCCCUUAGGCUGCUCACACCCUGCUACUGAGCCAGCUCUAGGUAUGCAGUUGUAAUCAAGUGUGAGAAUACUGCGGUAAUAGAAAUAAAGUUACCACGGGAGCACAUAGGAAGGAGAAUUGGCUCACUGUGCAUUGGAGGUGAAGAUGAUGGGGAAAGCUUUCUGGAGGAGGAGAUGUUUGGUAGCUGUUUUGAUUAAUGGGCUCUUAAAUAGCAAUUCUCAAAGUGGAAGAAGGUGGGCUGGGUACCCCGGGUGCAUGGAGCAAUAUAUGCAGAGACAUAAUAAAGAUGGGAUGGAACAUAAACUCUACAAUCAGGGUAGGUGUUUGGCAGGGGAUACGCCUGGAAAAGGCAAACAGGGACCAGAGGAAAGGCCUUGUGGUCCAUAUUCUGGAACUGGGCCAUUCUGAGAGCCUUGGGUUACUCUUCAUAUAUUUUAAACAAGGCUGUCAACAUGAUCACGUCUUUGGGUUGGUAUUCUGACUCAGCAGUGUGGAGAAUAAACUUGGAGAGCUGAUGUAGGGCACAGGACGACCAGUUAGGGCAGAGUCAGCAACUACAGCCUAAAAAUAUGGCCCGUUGUCUCUUUUUGUCCAUGAGCUAAAAAUGGUUUUUAUACUUUUUAAAUAGCUGGGAAAAAAACAAAAGAAAAAUAAUGUCUUGUGACACAUAAAAGUUAUAUACCCAUAAAUAAAGUCUUAUUGGACACAGCCACGAUUAUCCUUUAUGCAUUGUGUAUUGGGGCUAUCGUGGCAGAAUUGAGUAAGGUCCUCAAAGCCUUCAAAUAUUUAUCGUCUGGCCCUUUACAGAAACAAUUUACCAGCCUCUCAGUUAGGAGGCUGUGUAAUUUAAGUAAGAAGUCAAGAGAGCUUAAACUUUAAGGGGUUCAAAUAUAUAUUUAAAGAAGGUAAACGAAGGGUAAUUGAAGACAGAUUGCCUGAGGAAGAGAUGAUUGACAGCGUCCCUGAUUAGAAUAUAAGCCCCAGUCCAGGGGGUAGUAAUGAAGUCCUGGGCUGUGGCUUUGCCAGUAAAAUGGAAGAGAAAUAGCAUCUUUAAGAGUCCUUUAGGGUAGCAAAUGAGAAAAGCCAGAAUUAUAGGUGACUCCAGCGUUUCUAGUCCACAUUAACUGGAUGAACCAUUAAUUCCAGUAGGGGACUUAAAAGGAGUAACACGGGUAAAUAAUACACUGUGUUUUGGGACUCAGGUGGAGAAAUGCUAUGCAGGUGCUGUGUGAGGAGAAAGGUCAAGACCUGUGGCUCUUCACUGGAUGCUUUUACAUAAAGCUACCAGUUGUAGCCAAGGAAAUGGAUGCAAGCAUGAGAAGGCCAUGUUCUUAGAGUAGGAGUGGGGAGAGCCACCAGCCAGAGACCAAAGGGGUUUCAGUGCCUAAGGAAAGAAUAUGGAAUGAUAUAACAAAGCCAUAUGUUUUUCUUAGGGGAGGUCCCAGGCCUCUGGGUGUGGGGAAAGCCAAGUUUCAGCAUCUUCUCCUGGGCAUUCCCCAUCUUUGCAACUUUUGACACGUCCCUUAAUGCUUUGAACCUGCUUGCUUACCUGUAAAAUGAGGCUACAAUCUGAUUUCUAAGUUUCCUUCUAGCUCUGAUCGUCAAUGAUCCUAAUGAUGAUUGAAGACAUCCCAUGAUGAAGUGCCCGUUUCCUGAUGUUAGGCAUUUAAUUUGCCGGGAGCAUUCUUUGUUU